CUGGCCAGGAAGCAAGGGACACAGGUGUUCCCUGGAGGAUAGGAUCCACCUGUGGAGGGGCAGGGGGCGCUGCGAAAGACAUCUGGGAAACAGGAAGGGUCGGCAACAAGGACCCGAGAUAGGAGGCCGCCAGGCACACCCCAGGACAGCGCGGGCUCCUGGCGGCUCAGGCUCAGAUUGGGACUGCGAGGGGGACAGAUGGGACUACCCGGGGGGACGUCUCCCGUCUCCCUAGGUCAACAUGAGCAGCAAUGUGGGAACGAGCAGCUGGGGUGAGAGCAGUGCUUUCCUGCGGGGUGACAAAGUGGGUCAUGGCCCUCCCCCGACCAGUCACCCAAGUUGUGACCUGCUAACCCUGACUUAUCUAGCCUUGUGGUCACCUGGGAGCACUUCUUUCAAACCACUGGGGGCUUCGGCAGGAGCACUUCAGGCCCCAGGUGGGAAUCGCUGCCUUUUCAAGGAGCACUCCUGGUCUCUGGUCCUCUGGAUGGAGAAAGUGAGGUACACACAGGAGGAGAGCCAUCAGGACUUCCGGAGCAUCAAAGCAAAAUUCCAGGCCUCUCAGCCGGAGCCCAACGACCUGCCCAAAAAACCCCCGAAGCCUGAGUUCAGUAAACUCAAGAAGUUCCCCCAGCCUGAGCUAAGCGAGCACCUCAAGAAACCCCCACUGCCUGAGUUCGGUGCAGUGUCCUUGAAGCCCCCGCCGCCUGAGUUCACUGAUCUUCCCAAGAAACCCCCGCCGCCUGAGGUCACUGAUCUUCCCAAGAAACCCCCGCCACCUGAGGUCACUGACCUCCCCAAGAAACCCCCGCCGCCUGAGGUCACUGAUCUUCCCAAGAAGCCGUCCAAACUGGAGUUCAGUGACCUCUCCAAGAAGUUCCCACAGCUGGAGGCCGCUCCAUUUCCAAGGAAGCCCCCGCAGCCUGAGGUCGGUGAGGCCCCUUUGAAGGCCUCGCUGCCAGAGCCCAAUACGCCUGUCCGGAGACCCCUGCAGCCCGACGAGCUCAGUCACCCCGCCAGACCCCCAUCUGAACCCAAAUCCAGUGCAUUCCCCAGAAAGUUCUGGCAGCCCGAGGCCAGUGAGGCUACCCCAAAGCCCCCGCAGCCUGAGUUGAGUACCUUUCCCAAGAAGCCCGCGCAGCCUGAAUUCAACAUGCACCCCAAAAAGCCCCCACAGCCUCAGGUCGGUAGCCUCCCUAAGAAGGCCCUGCCGCAGCCUGAGUCCAGUGACGUCCCUCAGACACCGCCCUGGAAGCCUGAGUUCACUGAGCCCCUCCCCCACUCCCCGAACCCCAACUUCAGUACCAUUCCCAAGAAGCCGGUGCAGCCCGAGGUCAGUGUGCACCCCAGAAAGCCCCCACCGCCUCAAGCGGAUGGCCUCCCUAAGAGGUCCGUGCCGCAGCCUGAGUUCGGCGAGGCUGCUCAGACUCCCCUCGGGAAGCCUCAGUCCAGUGAGCCGAAGCGCGACUCCAGCGCCUUUCCCAAAAAGGCCUCCCAGCCCCCGCUGAGUGACUUUCCCAAGAAGCCUCCGCAGCCGGAGCUUGGGGACCUCACCAGGACCUCCUCGGAGCCCGAAGUCAGCGUGCUUCCCAAGAGGCCGCGGCCGGCCGAAUUCAAAGCUCUCUCCAAGAAGCCCCCGCAGCCCGAGCUGGGCGGCCUCCCCAGGACCUCCUCGGAGCCGGAGUUCAACUCACUCCCCAGAAAGUUGCUGCAGCCGGACCGCAGGGGGCCACCCCGCAAGUUCUCACAGCCUGAACCCAACGCUGUCCUCAAGAGACACCCGCAGCCUGAGUUCUUCGGUGAUCUGCCUCGAAAGCCUCUACUCCCCAGCUCCGCUUCCGAGAGCUCACUGCCCGCGGCCGUGGCCGGCUCCAGCUCCCGGCACCCGCUCAGCCCUGGGUUUGGAGUUGCUGGGACACCCCGCUGGAGGUCAGGAGGCCUUGUUCACAGUGGAGGGGCCAGGCCAGGCCUCAGACCCAGCCAUCCACCCCGGCGGAGGCCUCUGCCCCCUGCCAGCAGCCUGGGACCCCCUCCAGCCAAGCCCCCGCUGCCCCCGGGCCCCGUGGAUAUGCAGAGCUUUCGGAGACGCUCUGCAGCAUCCACAGAUCUACGGAGGACCCGCUCGGCCGCUGCGCUCCACUUCCAGGCCCGACAGCCUGAAGACAUCCCGCAGAUCCCAGAUGAGAUCUACGAGCUGUAUGACGACGUGGAACCCAGAGAUGACUCCAGCCCCAGCCCCAAGGGCAGAGAUGAAGUGCCCUCGGUUCAGCAAGUCACCAGGAGGCCACCACAGGACCCAGCACUCAGGAAGGAGAAGGAUCCUCAGCCACAGCAGUUGCCACCCAUGGACCCAAAGUUGCAGAAGCAGCUGAGGAAGGCAGAGAAGGCCGAGAGGGAGUUCCGGAAGAAGUUCAAGUUUGAAGGGGAGAUCGUGGUUCACACGAAGAUGAUGAUCGACCCCAAUGCCAAGACACGCCGUGGGGGCGGCAAGCACCUCGGGAUCCGGCGCGGGGAGAUCCUGGAGGUGAUCGAGUUCACCAGCAAUGAGGAGAUGCUGUGCCGGGACCCCAAGGGCAAAUAUGGCUACGUGCCCAGAAUAGCGCUCCUGCCCCUGGAGACGGAGGUGUACGAUGAUGUCGACUUCUGCGGUACGUGGACACUCUGGGUGGGCUGGAGGGACCCUGGCGAUUCCCCUGGGGAGCUGCUCACCAUUGGGCAUCUGGGGAGAGGGGUCCAUGGAAGUCACGCUUCCUCGGCAGACCCCCUGGAAAACCAACCACUUCCCCUGGGACGGUAAGGCCGGUAGGCAUGGGGCAAGGACAGCCGGCCAGCCCAGCGCCCGCUCACCCAGGAGCCCUGGAUCCCGGCGCGGGAGUCACAGAACUGCCCGGGCUUGUGCCUGGCCACAUAAAGUCCGUUUAAAGCA